AUGUCUUUGUGCUGUCGCUUUUUGGAAGAUGCCAAGCGAGAUUUGAGAAAGGCAGAUAGAGAAAUAAGGAGACAGAUAAGGCUGAUGGACCUGCAUCCACAUCACCUAUGUGAUAUGCACCUGCAUCCACACUGCCUGUGUGAUAUACACCUGCAUCCACACUGUGGGUGUGAAAUACACCCCUAUCCACAUUGCCUGUGUGCUAUACACCCAGACUGCCAUCCACCAUCAUGCCUCACAGUUUGGGAGAAGAAAGCCAUUAAAGCAAAACUGGAGGCAGAGCGAGAAAUGGGCAGCAUACGAAGAAGAGUUAAUAGGAUGUUGAACUCAUGCCAUGAUCAUAAGCUUUUAGCUCUGAUGGAUGUUAAGGGGUUUGACCCAGAGGAAGUUACAGUGAAGGUGAAAGAUGGGAAGGUUAAAGUGUCAGCUGAACAUGAGGAGGAGCAUAGGACCCUAAGAGGGAAGGAAUACAACUACACAAAUCUUACCAAGGAGAUCAGCUUGCCUCCAGGGGUAUAUGAAGAUGAGGUGACGUACACUGUAGGACCUAACAGUUUGGUGAAGAUUGAAACUCCACGCAAGUGUUUCCCUUGCCUCCUGAGUCUAAUUUGA